AUGGAAAACCUACUACCCCCACCUCCUCCCCAAUCGAAAGAGUUUUCCACUCCCCCAAGAAAUAGACAUCGUCACAAGAGAUCCUUUGCUAUAUCUGGAGAUUUUGAAUUUCUGAAACAGCCGACUUCUGCUCCUGCUUUACCUUCUGCAUACGACUCACCCACUUUUGAAGAUUUGUCGACAAUAGCAAAUAGCGCAAAGCUGACGGUACCUAACGAUUCGGCAUUGAUAUGUUCUCCGAGCCCAAGGUUUUUUAUUAGUGGAGAAUCUACAUAUACAUCACCAAUUAAAGGAGUGCCGGACGCUAUCAUUGAUUUAGAUGAUGUAUUUACCGAUAAUCCAAAAAUGUUUAAAUCGCACCGAAAGACGAAAUCUGUUCCAGUAAAAUUAGACGAUUUCUAUUCUUUCCAUAAAGGUAGUUCCGUACCAGAAUUAACUAUAAAUGAGGAAAUAGAUGAAGAUGAAACUAAUUCUCAACUAUUGGGACCCAUAAAACCAUCUUCAAGCUCUUUGUCUACAUGCAUGGACAAGGAUAAGAAGAGGCCACUGGAAAAUGCUAAAAGUUACAAUUCAUUAAAAAUUCAAGCACAAAAGCAGAGAUACUAUAAUUCUACAAGAUAUUUGCCCUUAAGCAGCGAUGAAAGACCCACAGAUUCGCAAACUUUAACGAAGCAGAGUUCCAUUACUUCCUUAUUUUCUUCCAGAUCCAUUACUCCUGUAUCCUGUAAUAUCAAUACUGCAGGCAGAAUUAAUGCAAUCAACGGCAAUUACCUCGAUGAUGUUCUUUAUGAUCUGGAUACCCCUGCAUCAACGUUAAUCCAGGAUGUUGAUAAUCUACAAAUAACUUCUACUGAAAGGAUUAGAUCGACCCCGCAAUCGUCUUCGAUGAAAAAUUGUUUUCCUAAAGAUGGAAAAUACAUCAAUGGUUUCAACUUUCAAUCUCAGAAUUACGAUAUAGCAUCUCUCACUGAGGAUUUCGACCCAAUAACAUCAUUGUCUUCCUCUAUUCUUGAUUCUGAAAAACAAAGCGUCGAUGAAGAAGAAAGCAUCCCAGAAGAAAUCCUACUCGGAGAACCCCUGCAUGUAUACAAUGAAAUUUCUAAAUCCGGCGAAGGUGUCAUUUUUCCAACAAAACAAGAAUCUGUGUCCACUGACAGGAACAGUGAGCUCAGUCCAAGCCAGUAUGAAAAAAUAUCCUUUAAAAGACGCGGAAGAUUUAAAAUUUUUGCCAAAUUGUUUUCCACUAAGAAAUAA